AUGCCUUCAAAGACACAGCAACCAUCUCAGACCACUGGAAAAUCUUUAGUCAAGGAUUCAGUUGACAAAAUGUUUCAAAUAGCUAGUAGAGAAGAAGUUGAUCAGAAGAUUGCAAGAUGCAUCUACGGCAAUGGCAUUGCUUUCAAUGUUGUGAGGUCACCAUUAUGGGCAGAUAUGGUCUCUUCUAUUCUCAAUGCACCAAAAGGGUACAAAUCCCCCAACUAUGAGAAAGUUAGGACUGCUCUUUUGGACAAAGAACAUAAAAAGGUGCAACAAUCUCUCACUCCCUUGAUGCAGGAUUGGAGCACCAUGGGGUCUCUAUUAUUUCUGAUGACUGGGGCUAAUAUUGCUGAAUUGCUCUUGAAGGCCAUUGAUUAUGUUGGCCUUUCUAAUGUGGUCCAAGUUAUGACAGAUAAUGCUUCCAAUUGCAAGGCUGCAGGUGCGAUAAUUCAGCGGAAGCAUGCCCAUAUUUUUUGGUCUGGUUGUAUGGCUCGUACGUUAAAUCUGUUGAUGAAGGAUAUAGCUAAAAGUGAGGAUUCAUUGCUGUCCUUUGUUGAUGAGUCUUACAAAAAAGGCAAGGCAAUUGUUAAAUACAUCAAAAAUCACUCCUCUCGUCAGUACUUGUUCAAGACCUUUUCAGCAUUGGAGCUUCUCAAAGCAAAAAAAACCAGGUUUGGCCAUAAUUUUAUUGUAUUGCAAAGACUUGUUAAAGAGAGACCAUCAUUAAUGUCUAUGACUCUAAGCAAGCAAUGGGAUAACUUGAGGAGGAGUUCAUCCUCACAAGAGCAACAUGACAUUGUCCUAAAAACAAUUAUGGAUGAUGACUUUUGGAAAAAAUCAAAACAAGUCCUCAAGUUUACAAAGAAUAUAUAUAAGAUGCUUCGUUUUUCUAAUUCUGAUAAAGCAGUUAUUGGGGAGGUUUAUGAGCAAAUGGAUACAAUGUUAGGAAAUAUCAAAGACUCUCUUUCUGAUGAUCUUACAAUCUAUGAUUUGGUUCAACAAUAUGUGGUGGCAAGAUGGGAUAAAAUGAAUAUUCCUCUACAUUGCCUUGCAUAUGUCCUUGUUCCUAAGUACUACACAAAUUCUUGGCUUUCACAGCCAGCUCCUGGUGGUGUGAGUAGGAAGAAGCCUCAAUGUGAUAAAGAGGUGCAAACAGGAUAUCUUCAAGCAAUUGAAACAAUUGUUGUUGACCAAAAUGAAGCUUCUUUGAUACGCCAUCAAAUUAGCGAUUUUGUGAGUAACAAAGGUGUUUUUGCACAACCCCAAGCUAUGAAAGAUAGAGCAACCAUGACUGCAUUAUCAUGGUGGCAUAUGUAUGGUGGGGCUGCUCCUGAAUUGUUCUCAUUGGCAAUAAAAGUUUUGUCUCAAAGUGUAAACACUUCUUGUGCUGAGAGAUGUUGGAGUACCUAUUCCUACAUUCACAAUGUGAAAAGGAACAAGUUGAAUGUGGAUCGUGCUGAAAAAUUAGUUUUUGUGCACUACAAUCAUAGGUUGUUGACAAAAUAUAGGAAUGAUUAUGAGGACUUUAAUAAUUGGGAUGCCUAUCCAGAAGAUGCCAACAUAGAGGAGGAUUUCACUACAAUAGAACAAAGGGAUAAUGUGUCUCUCUUAGAUAGUGAAGAGGAUGCUGAAAACAACUUUGAUGAUGUUGGUGUUCCAAGCCUAGCUUUAACUGUUACUGCCUCUCUAUCUUGCCCACCUCCAACUCCAACUAUUCAAGAGUCUUCUUCAAUAGAGAAGAUAGAGAGAGCACUGAGGAGGCUUGAAAAGGCAAGGGGUAAAAAGCAAAAGAAAUGA